UGUAUCUGUGAAUGGAUGAACACAGCGGCGAGCUGUGGGCGUUUCCCUGAUGCAGUGUUUCAACGUGCUGUAUCCUCAGGUCUGGAGUUCCCGUGGGGUCCCAAGCCGUUCGGGGAGGUGGUGGCGGGACCUUUGAUCCGAAGCAGCGGGCAGGUGUCGGACAGCAGUGCCCUGGAGGGAUCCUUCGUCGGGGUCUAUUUCUCCGCACACUGGUGCCCCCCCUGCAGGAGUCUCUCGCGAGUGCUGGUGGAGUCGUACCGCACAGUUAAAGAGUCAGGGCAGAAGUUCGAGAUCGUCUUCGUCAGUGCUGACAGGUCUGAAGAGUCCUUCAUGCAGUAUUUCAGCGAGAUGCCGUGGGUAGCCGUCCCGUACGCAGACGAGGGCAGGAGGUCGCGGCUCAAUCGUCUUUAUGGAAUACAAGGUAUCCCCACUCUGAUUCUUCUGGACACCGAGGGGAAGGUGAUCACACGACAGGGCCGUGUGGAGGUGCUGAACGAUCUCGAGUGCCGAGCGUUCCCCUGGCACCCCAGACCCGUCCUGGAGCUCAACGAGUCCAACGCAGUGCAGCUGAACGAGGGGCCCUGCCUCGUGCUGUUUGUAGACGCUGAGGAGGAGGGGGAACUAGAACCGGCCAAGGAGCUGAUCCAGCCAAUCGCAGAGAAGAUUAUUGCCAAGUACAAAGCCAAGGAGGAGGAGACGCCGCUCCUGUUCUUCGUUGCUGGGGAGGAUGACAUGAGCGACUCGCUGCGCGAUUACACCAACCUGCCAGAGGCGGCUCCACUGCUCACAGUCCUGGACAUGUCGGCGCGCGCCAAAUACGUGAAAGACGUGGAGGAGAUCACGCCAGCCAUCGUGGAACAGUUCGUGGGAGACUUCCUGGCUGAGAAACUCAAACCCGAACCCAUCUGAAAAGAGGCGCAGUCAAAAAAACAAAGACAUAAACCCCCCCCCCCAGACUGUUUCAAACCCACUGCCUCGCUUUCAACUCUUCUUUCUGUUUUGUUUUGUUGUUGUUUUUUUAUUAUUAUGUGUUCUAACAUAAGAUCUUAUUGUGUGUCUAUCGCAGUGCUUCCUUAAGCUUCUGUGCCGCAGCUCUGUGCUGUUGAUCAGAGACCGGGCCCCCUCACCGCAGUGAACCAUGGGAAACUUUCUACCGGCUUUUAUUUUUUUCUUUUCUUACCAAGGACUUUUUUCCGAGAGAUCUGACUUGGCAACAAAUAUAAGGAAUAAAUACAUUUUAAAAAACCAAA